GUUUCAUUAAUAAGUGGGCGUAACACUUGGGUAGUUCCCCUCGUAAGUAAAAGUAAUAUACAUAUAGAUGUGACCAGGUGUGAACCUACGAUCUCUGCAUAGUACAGUCAAAGAUAUCCUCCUCUUUGGUACAGUAUUAUGUCAAUUGAAACUCGGUGGACUUUAAACUACUUGUACUUGUAGUUCAGCAGUUCCGCUUACUCAGCAGUAAAGCACAGUAAAGCAGUGAUUGUAGAUCUGUAGUCACUGAGUAAAGGAAGCAUUCGUAUAAAACUUACAAUUGACAAAAGCAACUUUUGGUUUCUAUCGAACUCAAUAUAAUGAAGGGUCCAGGAGAACUACGUUUUGACGGCCGAGUAGUUAUAGUAACUGGAGCUGGGGCAGGCCUAGGCCGUGCAUAUGCAUUGCUCUUUGCUUCAAGAGGAGCCAGUGUUGUAGUAAAUGAUUUAGGUGGAGGAAAAGACGGUGAUGGAAAAAGUACCAAGAGUGCAAAUGCAGUUGUUGCAGAAAUUAAAAAGAAUGGUGGUAAAGCAGUUGCCAAUUAUGAUUCUGUGCUUGAUGGUGCAAAAAUUGUUAAAACAGCUAUUGAUACAUUUGGGAGAUUAGAUGUGGUUGUUAAUAAUGCUGGAAUUUUGAGAGAUAAAUCAUUUGCUAAAAUGUCAGAGUCAGACUGGGAUUUGGUACAAAAUGUUCACCUGAAAGGUUCUUUUAAAGUUGCUCAAGCUGCUUGGCCAUAUUUUACUAAACAAAAUUAUGGUCGAAUAAUAAUGACAGCAAGUAAUAGUGGAUUAUAUGGAAAUUUUGGCCAAGCUAAUUACAGUUCAGCAAAAAUGGGUCUUGUUGGUUUGGCUAAUACAUUGGCUAUCGAAGGGAGAUCAAAAAACAUAAAUACCAAUGUAAUAAUUCCGACUGCUGCUUCUCGUUUAACAGAAAAUAUUUUGCCACCAGAGUUCUUUCAGCAAUUGAAACCUGAAUUAAUAGCGCCGGUAGUUGCUUGGUUGUGCCAUGAGAAAUGUACAGAAAAUGGUUCAAUUAUUGAAUCUGCACUAGGUUGGGCUGGGAAAUGCCACGUGAUUCGCUCUUCAGGUGCCACUUUGAGGCAAGAUUUAUCGAGUGAUGUGACUCUGGAAGAUGUUGAGAAAAAUUGGGAAACUGUUACCGAUAUGUCAUCCGCUAAACGUUAUAAUUCCAUCGAAGAAGUGACAGGACACUUGUUAACUUCUGUUGAAGAAAUGAAAUCUGGAAAUUCCGGAUCUGAGAACAACAGUGUCUAUAAACACACUUACAAUCACCGGGAUACAAUACUAUACGCUUUAGGAGUUGGUGCUACUGUUCAAGAACCAUCUGAUUACCGUUAUUUGUACGAAAAUGACAGCAAUUUUGCUGUAAUACCUACGUUUUACGUUUUACAUGCUCCGAUAUACUUUAUGUCUUCUUCGAUGCUCGAAAACAGUCUACCCGGUUUGCAAAUGGACCCAACGCGGAUAUUGCACGGGGAACAAUAUAUUGAAGUUUACAAACAAUUGCCGACGGAAGGUACAGUGGAAUCACGAUUCAAGCUUCUGGAUGUAUUGGAUAAGGAUAAGGGUGCUGUGCUUCUGAUACAUCAGGAAACAUUUGAUACUGCCACUGGUGAAAAGUUAGCUGUAGGACAAAUGACACUAUAUGUAAUAGGAGCAGGUGGUUUCAAAGGAAAGCGAACAUCUUCGCACAGUGUACCAGUCAUUGAUCCCCCAAAUCGAAAACCUGAUGCAUCGGUUACUCAACAGACCAGCUAUGAUCAGGCUGCAUUAUAUAGAUUGAGUGGAGAUACAAAUCCUUUACACAUUGAUUUAACUAUAGCUACGAUGGCUGGUCAUAAAAAACCCAUUCUGCAUGGACUAUGCUCCCUUGGAUUUUCUGUUCGUCAUGUACUUCAAUCAUAUGCUGACGGUGAUCCAAGUUUAUUUAAAUGCGUUAAGGCUCGUUUUGCGAAACCGUUCUAUCCAGGACAAGCAUUGCGAACCGACAUGUGGCGAGAAGGAAAUAGGAUACAUUUCCAAACGUAUAAAACAGAUGACAAUGUACCAAUUUUAACAGGUGGCUAUGUUGAUUUGAAAGAUGUAAAAUCUAAGCAAUCAGUAACACCUUCAAUAAAUGUUUCUACUAAUGCUACAAAUCUUGAAAGUGAUCCGGUGUUCACCACAAUCAGUGAAUAUGUAAAACAGCAUCCAGAAGAAGUAAAGAAAAUUAACGGAAUCUUUCUUUACCAUAUUUUAGUGAAAGGGAAACCACAGGCAACGUGGACUUUGGAUUUGAAAAAAGCUGAAGUUUAUAAGGGCGAACCGAAAUCGGGUAAGCCCGAUGCAACGCUGACUCUGGAAGAUGCGGAUAUGAUUCAAAUGGCUUUGGGAAAAUUAAAUCCACAAAUGGCAUUUAUACAAAAGAAACUAAAAAUUACAGGAAAUAUCAUGCUCACGCAAAAACUAAAGUCACUUAUGGAUGCUGGUAAAUCGAAGUUGUAAUAUUAUAUAAAUUGUUAUUUUAUCAUAUUAAGAUAUAUAGUUAUUAUUAUUUAUUAUUAAGUAUUUUUACAUUUUUAUAAAUGUUAAUUACUAUAUAGUUAUGGGAGAUGGGAGGUUGAACUGGGAAUAAAAUGUACAUAUAUUAUAAA